AUGACCAUCCGUGUGGGUGCUGUUCAGGCCGAGCCUGUCUGGCUUGACCUCGAUGGUAGCGUGGAAAAGACGAUAUCUCUGAUCGAGAGCGCAGCCCAAGAUGGCGUGCAGGUUCUCGGGUUUCCUGAAGUUUGGAUACCCGGCUAUCCCUGGUCGAUGUGGACGUCAAGUGUCAUCAACAACACUCACAUCAUCCACGAAUACAUGAACAACUCGAUGCCACGAGACUCCGACCAAAUGAGACGAAUUCAAGCGGCCGUGAAGAAGGCGGGCAUGUUCGUCGUGCUUGGAUACAGCGAAAGAGACGGUGGAAGCUUAUACAUGGGCCAAUCGUUCAUAUCCCCGGAAGGAGAGAUCGUCCAUCAUCGAAGAAAGAUAAAACCAACACAUAUCGAAAGAACAAUAUGGGGCGAAGGCCAGGCCGAAUCUCUCAAGUGUGUUGUGCCGUCGCCGUUUGGGAAAAUUGGUGGAUUGAACUGCUGGGAGCAUCUCCAGCCUCUACUCCGCUAUUAUGAAUAUUCGCAAGGCGUCCAAAUUCACGUGGCCAGUUGGCCAGCCGAGUUCGAGAUGCCGGAUCCGAAAAAGAUUGCUUGGCUAUACCAUGAGACAGGCGAGGCAAGCUAUCGCGCCAGCCAGUUCAUGGCAAUCGAGGGGCAAUGUUUCGUGCUGGUAGCAUCACAGAUUCUGACGGAAGAGAACGUUGAGAAAAACAACUUGACAGGCAAUCCAGUCACCAAGACCCCUGGGGGAGGGUUUUCGAUGAUUUUCGGACCAGAUGGAAAGCCUUUGUGUGAACCGUUGGGACCGGGCGAUGAGGGGAUCCUGAAAGCGGACGUGGAUUUGCGGGACAUCGAUUAUCCAAAAGCGUUUAUCGAUGUUGUUGGUCACUACGCAAGACCGGACCUAUUGAGCUUGUUAGUCAAUCCGACUGUCGACACGCACGUAACGACUAUGCGCAAAGAAUGA